AUGGUGGAAAAGAUCAGACGAAAGGCUAUUGGAUGGUCUACAAAAAUGCUAUCUCCAGCGGGGAAGUUAGUGAUGUUAAAGAGUGUGCUGUCGGCUAUGCCUUCCCAUACCAUGUCUUGCUUUAAACUUCCCAUGUCAGUGGUGAAAAGGAUACAAUCGGUGUUGACCCAGUUCUGGUGGGACUCAAAACCAGAAGAAAUGCGGAUGGCAUGGAUAUCUUGGGAUACUUUAACAAAGACAAAAGGUGAUGGCAGACUUGGGAUCCGAGAUAUUGAGUGUUUCAAUGAUGCCAUGUUGGGAAAACUAAGUUGGAGACUCCUCACAAAACCACAGAGCUUAUUGGCUAGGAUUCUCAAUGGAAAGUACUAUGCUGAUAAUUCUUUCCUUGAGGUUCAAGCUGCGUCGGGUUGUCCUCACGGGUGGAGAGGUAUCCUACUGGGAAGAGAUCUUUUGGUUGAACAUCUAGGAUGGGCUAUUGGAGAUGGAGCCACUGUACGUUUAUGGGAUGAUGCUUGGCUAUCAACCGAGAGGAUACAGAGACCUAUGGGACCAGCUACUCUAGAGUCUAAGGAUAAUUUAGUAGCGUCUCUGUUUCUGGAAGGAAGCAACGAAUGGGAUGCAGGCAAGGUGUCACGCCUACUACCAGAAAUGGAAACCGUAAUCCUGAGUAUAAAAACGAGUAGACAAGGAGGGCCAGACCGUAGAAUUUGGCUCAGGAGCCCAUCAGGAGAAUACUCAGCUAAGACGGGCUAUGUUGCAGCACUAGAGUGA